AUGAAGACAACUUCUUUGUUACUUGUAUUUGCUACUGCUGUAUUUGCUCAGCAGAAGACGCUAUGUGACCAAUAUGGCUACUAUGGCAGUGGCAACUACAGUGUCAACAAUAAUCUCUGGGGGAAGGAUUCUGCAACUGGCUCUCAGUGCUCUUACGUCAACUCCGUCUCGGGUUCAGGCAUCUCGUGGUCCACCACUUGGACUUGGUCUGGCCGUGAGAAUGAUGUGAAGAGCUACGCCAAUUCGGGUUUGAUUAACCUGAAGAAGCAACAUGUCAGCAGCAUCAGCAGCAUUCCCACUUCAGUGAAAUGGAGCUAUGAUACUACCAAUAUCCGUGCCGACGUCUCGUAUGACCUUUUCACUGCAGCGGAUAUCAACCAUGAUACCUCUAAUGGCGACUAUGAACUUAUGAUCUGGCUGGCUAGAUACGGUCACGUUCAACCCAUAGGUUCCCGAAUUGCGACGGCCUUCGUGGGUAACAAUACCUGGGAGCUGUGGUAUGGUGUCAAUGGCGCGCAAAAGACAUACAGCUUUAUUGCUUCCAGCCCUAUUACCUCUUGGAGUGGGGAUAUCAAGGGCUUCUUUGACUACCUAACUCAACACCAAAGUUAUCCAGCUAGUAGCCAAUACCUCAUCACCAUGCAAUUUGGAACGGAGCCAUUCACUGGCGGAAAAUCUACAUUCACUGUGUCAAACUGGUCUGCGCAGGUGAAAUAG